UCGAAGCAGCUUGUGUUCUGAAUACAGCAGUCAGCUGUGUCACUGCACAGAACAAGGGGAGGCUCGGGUGUCCUGUGUGUGUAACCUUGUAUGUACUGAACACCAAGCAUCGCAUCCAAAGGAAGAGAACUGAGAAGAUUUUCUAGGGGGUUUGUUAUAAUACAGAAAGCAUAGCAAGCUGGCAGCAGUGUCAUGGAGCAGCUGUUUCAGGAGGUGCACCACAUUGUGAAUGCCACCAUCCUCUGAGCUGGAGAUGCCGCUUUCCUGAAGGAGGGACAAGUUCUACCAUAAUGAGCGCACCUGCUGCAACCGGUGUAUUUAUAUUAUCCUUAACUGCCAUUCCCGUCACUUACCUUUUCAACUAUGUGUCUACAGUUAACGGUUCCUGGCCGGUUAUAGUUGCUGGUUCUGUGGUUUUAAUGGUCAUAGCAUUAUUAUCCCGUCUGCUUGUCAUUCAGAAACCACCCAAGGAUCCUUUAUUUUAUGUAUAUGCGGUAUUUGCAUUUACCAGCGUGGUGGGUCUUAUCAUUGGCCUGGAACAAGAUGGAAUCAUUGAUAGUUUUAUGACCCUAUAUUUAAAAGAGAGUGAGCCUCAUCUGAACACAGCUCAUGGUCACAUGAUCUGCUACUGGGAUGGCACUGCUCAUUACCUGAUGUACCUACUGAUGGUGGCAGCCAUCGCUUGGGAUCAGAAUUACAGGACAAUUGGCCUUUAUUGGAUUGGAUCUAUUAUAAUGAGCAUGGUUGUCUUUGUUCCUGGAAGCAUUGCUGGGAAAUAUGGUACACGGAUUUGUUCAACAUUUCUCCUAAACUUUCCAUAUUUGUGCCUUCCACUUUGGGCUGCAUUCAAGAUCUACAAUCAGCCAUCUGUCAUUCAUAACCCAUCUAUAGAGGAAGCACAAAGUAUUCAGAAGAAAAAUAUAUUCCAGCGACCAUUUGACAUGGUGCUAGCUUCCUAUCUUAUCGCUGCAAGUAUCUUUUGUGUAUUCCGUGGAAUGAUCGCCUUAGACUGUCCUUCUGAUAUCUGUCGAUUUUAUUUGCAAUUGCAAGAACCAUAUCUUAAAGAUCCUGUUGCCUAUUCAAAACUUCAGAUGUUGGUAUAUAUGUUCUAUUCAGUUCCAAGCAAUCUAAUCACUGUGUAUGGUUUGCUUGUUCCUGGAUGUACUUGGAUGCCAGAUCUGACUCUUAUACACGCUGGAGGAUUAGCUCAGGCCCAGUUCUCUCACAUCGGUGCUUCUCUUCAUGCUCGGACUCCUUACAUCCACAGAGUUCCUGAAGAAGCCAGGCUUUUAUUUUUAUUCACAAAUAUAAUAUUUGCAUCUGUUCCACAGCUACUGGCUCAUCGUUGUAUUAGUGAACCAGAAUUUUUUGUGAAGGUAAAAACAGGGGUCAAAUCUGAAUAGAAUUAGGCUCCAUGUGCAACUCUCCUUUCAGCAAGAUGAGCGUCACUGUAUAUUUUGCCUUUCUGUAAAACAAACUGCACAUUUUCCUUGGAUGCAUUGAAGAUUUUUAUAGUAAAUAAUGAAAAAUAAUGAAAUUGCAGCAGAACAACCAAACCUCACAGGAGGCCAACAAAAGAAACCACACCCAAUUCAUAUCAAGGACCUAAUAAUGUGUAGGGGCAUCCCUUGACUUAAAGG